AUGGCGAACGGAUGGCCCGCGGAAAAGGUUUUUGGGGAUGUUAUGUCCUACACGUAUGACGACAUCAUCUGCCUCCCCGGCUACAUCAACUUCCCGAUGAGCGAAAUCGAUCUGAGCAACAAUUUAACUCCGAACAUAUGUUUGAAGACACCCAUCAUAUCCUCCCCCAUGGAUACAGUGACGGAGCACAAAAUGUCGAUUUCUUUAGCUCUUUGUGGAGGACUAGGUAUCAUCCACAAUAAUAUGAGUAUAGAAAAUCAAAUUGAAGAAGUUAAGAAGGUGAAGCGAUUCGAAAACGGAUUCAUAUUCGAUCCGUAUACAUUUUCUCCAGAACACACAGUGGCAGAUGUAAUCGCAACCAAGAAUAAAGUAGGCUAUAAAUCCUACCCCAUAACAGUAGAUGGAAAGGUGGGUUCAAAAUUAGUUGGAAUCAUUACAGGGGUAGACUAUCUCUAUCUCACAGAUAAAACGAGAAAAAUAAAAGAUAUCAUGACAACAGAUGUCGUUACAGGAAAGUACCCUAUCAACUUAUCUGAUGCAAAUAAAGUUCUCUGUGAAGAAAAAAAAAGUGUCCUGCCAAUUGUCAAUAAUAAUUAUGAAUUAAUAGCUCUUGUGUGUAGAAACGAUAUGCACAAAAAUAAAAUUUUCCCACAUGCCUCUAAAAGCCAAAAUAAACAACUAAUAGUGGGAGCUUCUAUCUCGACCAGAGAACAUGAUUUAGAGAGAGCCGAUCAGCUCAUAAAAAAUAUGAUAGACAUUAUUUGUAUCGACUCUUCUCAAGGGAAUAGCAUAUAUCAGAUUGAUACCAUUAAAAAGAUUAAAGGAGCUCACCCACAUAUCCCUAUUAUUGCAGGAAAUGUUGUUACUUGUGAUCAAGCAAAAAAUUUAAUAGAUGCAGGUGCUGAUGUCUUGCGAAUUGGUAUGGGUAGCGGUUCUAUCUGUACAACUCAGGAUGUAUGUGCCAUUGGAAGAGCUCAAGGAACAGCUGUGUACCAUGUAAGUAAUUAUGCCCACACCAGAAAUAUUAAAACAAUUGCUGAUGGAGGAAUUAAAAAUUCAGGCAAUAUCGUCAAGGCCUUGUCUAUCGGUGCAGACUUCGUAAUGAUGGGUAACCUCUUAGCUGCAACAGAAGAAAGUUGUAGUGAUUAUUAUUUUGAGAAUAAUGUUCGUCUGAAAAUAUAUAGAGGAAUGGGUAGCAUGGAGGCUAUGUACAACAAAGGGUUUAACUCGAAAAGUAGGUACCUCGUGGAAGAACGAAAAAAUGAUAAUUUAUGCGACCAGAAUGAAGAAAUAAAAGUAUCUCAAGGGGUAUCAGCUAGCUUAGUAGACAAAGGAUCUGUUUUGAAUUUGAUUCCUCAUCUUGUUAAGGCUGUUAAACAUGGAUUCCAAAGCAUGGGUAUUAAGAGCAUACCUGAAUUACACUCUAAAUUGUACUCUGGGGAUCUCAAGUUCGACGUGCGCUCCUUCAAUACCAUCAAGGAAGGACGCAUAAGCGACAACCUUAUAUUCACCAAUAAGAAGUUCACGCCCUGA